GGAGAGCGGUUUACGACAGCGCCGAUCGUGUUUACGGCGCCGCCUGCUGCGCGCGCAUGUUUCCUCCUUUCCCGGUUUCUCUGAGAGCUGCUGGUAACGCUGUCUCCAACCCUGACCAUCCUCUGCCAUCCCGGCCGGAGAAGGCCGCUGCAGGUUUUGGAAGAUGGCAAAGUUUAUGACACCCGUGAUCCAGGAUAACCCCUCAGGUUGGGGUCCCUGUGCGGUGCCUGAGCAGUUCCGGGAUAUGCCCUACCAGCCAUUCAGCAAAGGAGAUCGUCUCGGAAAGGUUGCAGACUGGACAGGAGCCACAUACCAGGAUAAGAGGUACACAAAUAAGUACUCCUCUCAGUUCGGUGGUGGCAGUCAGUAUGCUUAUUUCCAUGAGGAGGAUGAAAGUAGCUUCCAAUUGGUGGAUACAGCACGCACACAGAAGACUGCCUACCAGCGGAACCGAAUGAGAUUUGCACAGCGGAACCUCCGCAGAGACAAAGAUCGACGGAACAUGUUGCAGUUCAACCUGCAGAUCCUGCCUAAGAGUGCCAAGCAAAAAGAGAGAGAACGCAUACGACUGCAAAAAAAAUUCCAGAAACAAUUCGGGGUGAGGCAGAAAUGGGAUCAAAAAUCACAGAAGCCCCGAGACUCUUCCGUUGAAGUUCGUAGUGACUGGGAAGUGAAAGAGGAGAUGGACUUUCCUCAGUUGAUGAAGAUGCGCUACUUGGAAGUAUCGGAGCCACAGGAUAUUGAGUGCUGUGGGGCCCUAGAAUAUUAUGACAAAGCCUUUGACCGCAUCACCACGAGGAGUGAGAAGCCACUGCGGAGCAUCAAGCGCAUCUUCCACACUGUCACCACCACCGACGACCCUGUCAUCCGAAAGUUGGCAAAAACUCAGGGGAAUGUGUUUGCCACUGAUGCCAUCCUGGCCACACUGAUGAGCUGUACGCGCUCAGUGUAUUCCUGGGAUAUUGUCGUCCAGAGAGUCGGUUCCAAGCUCUUCUUUGACAAGAGAGACAACUCUGACUUUGACCUCCUGACAGUGAGUGAGACUGCCAACGAGCCCCCUCAGGAUGAAGGUAAUUCCUUCAACUCACCCCGCAACCUGGCCAUGGAAGCAACUUACAUCAACCACAAUUUCUCCCAGCAGUGCUUGAGAAUGGGGAAGGAGAGAUACAACUUCCCCAACCCAAACCCGUUUGUGGAGGAUGACAUGGACAAAAAUGAAAUUGCCUCUGUUGCAUACCGUUACCGCAGGUGGAAGCUUGGAGAUGACAUUGACCUCAUUGUCCGCUGUGAGCAUGAUGGUGUCAUGACUGGAGCCAACGGGGAAGUGUCCUUCAUCAACAUCAAGACCCUCAAUGAGUGGGAUUCCAGGCACUGUAAUGGUGUUGACUGGCGUCAGAAGCUGGACUCACAGCGAGGGGCUGUCAUUGCCACUGAGCUGAAGAACAACAGUUACAAGCUGGCCCGGUGGACCUGCUGUGCUUUGCUGGCCGGAUCUGAGUACCUCAAGCUUGGUUACGUGUCUCGGUACCAUGUGAAAGACUCCUCACGCCACGUCAUCCUGGGCACCCAGCAGUUCAAGCCCAAUGAGUUUGCCAGCCAGAUCAACCUAAGUGUAGAGAACGCCUGGGGCAUUCUGCGCUGUGUUAUCGACAUCUGUAUGAAGCUGGAGGAGGGCAAAUACCUCAUCCUCAAGGACCCCAACAAACAGGUCAUCCGCGUCUACAGCCUUCCUGAUGGCACCUUCAGCUCUGAUGAAGAUGAUGAGGAAGAAGAGGAGGAGGAGGAGGAGGAAGAAGAGGAAGAAACUUAGACAUUGAUGUGGAGGUGAAAUUUGCAGUUCCACUGAGCCUGGAAGGGCCUUUGAUUCCUGGCUCUUGCUCUCACACGUUUGACAAAUGGAAUAAAGUAUGCACCUGUUUGGUCUCUUUCCUUC